AUGUCCGAUCACGCACUCCCGACCUCCACAGUCGUGGCAGCGACACAUGCUGAACAAGCUUCACCGACAAUCUCUCCGUUCAUUCUCGCUUUUGAUAUCACUGUUGCUGUCUUCACCUGGAUCUUCUCAUUCGACUGGCCCGCUCUCUUCCUACGCAUCUUUGCUAUCGUUAGCUUCCCCUUUCGUCUUAUUCUGUUUCCAUUAUCUUUAGUUGCCAAUGUCAUUCUCACUGUCUUUGCUCCUGCUAUAUACCUGUUUUCUUAUAUGGUAGCUGGAGCGCGUUCUGUUUGGGCAUUUUUGGCUGGCUUAGAGUUUGGUGCAGCUGCUGGCGUUGGCAUCAUGGCCGGUGUCGCCAUAGCCCUCUUCUCAUCCAUCAUCACAUCCUACCUUGGAAUGCAGAAUGACGACCUCGGCCCAAAGCGAUCAGCUUCUAAGGAAAGCCUCCUCGAAACAAGCAGUCGGAGAGACUCGCUGUCCUCAGACACGGAUCUUGGGUGGCAAUGGCUAGACUCAUCAAGCUCGAGACGCCGGCCAACUAGUGGUUUACUGUCACAGACGAUUCACGAGGAGGACGAUGAUUCAGAGUAUUGA